GAGAUAUUGAUGAAUCAUCAAACCUAUCUAAAAACCAUUGGAGUUAGAGCUAAAGGGAAGUAGAAUAAUCGAAUUUCCAUCCCCCUCCUAUAUAAACCUAAGACAAAUCCCACGACUUUGGAAGAGAGAAUUCUUAAAUUAAUGCAUACGUUUUGCUUUAGUUUUAGAAGGAGGCCAAUCCCCCAAAAGAGCAAGCCUGGAUUUCGUGCAACCUCGUAAAUUGCAGAAUACAUGUACGAAUAGAGUUUUUUUGAACUGAAGCUAAAUAUAAGGAAGUUGCUCGGAGGACGGGAGCAACCAGCGUGUGGUGUUGUGGCAAACUGACGCUUCUCCUCUUAUCGUCACAAAACCAGAACUAGAACCAGGGACCCAGAAAUUUCUGAAAGAAAGCCAUGGAGAACGGCGGUGUGGUGAACCGUGAGGUGGAGCCAGUCUCAACUAUUACCAUUAAAGGGAUUCUGAGCUUGAUGAUGCAGAACAUUGAUGAAGAAAAUGGAAAGAGGGUGAUUUCUUUGGGUAUGGGUGACCCUACUGCUUAUUCUUGUUUUCACACUACUCCAAUGGCCGGUGAAGCUGUUGUUGAUGCCCUUCAGUCGGAGAAGUUCAAUGGUUAUGCUCCAACUGUUGGCCUCCUCCAAACAAGAAGGGCAAUUGCGGAAUAUCUGUCACGUGAUAUUCCUUACAAGCUAUCACCUGAUGAUGUUUUCAUCACAUCAGGCUGUACACAAGCCAUUGAUGUUUCAUUGGCAAUGCUUGCCUACCCUGGUGCAAACAUCUUGCUUCCGCGGCCAGGAUUUCCAAUUUAUGAACUUUGUGCUACCUUUAGAUUUCUUGAAUUUCGGUACUUUGAUCUUCUUCCCGAGAAAGGUUGGGAAGUUGACCUUGAUUCUGUUGAAGCACUGGCAGAUCAAAAUACAGUUGCCAUUGUAAUCAUAAACCCUGGUAAUCCUUGUGGGAAUGUAUACUCUUACCAACAUUUAAAGAAGAUUGCAGAAACCGCCAACAAGCUUAAAAUUGUUGUUAUUGCUGAUGAAGUUUAUGGACACCUUGCUUUUGGGGCCAAUCCAUUUGUCCCAAUGGGAGUUUUUGGCUCAAUUGUUCCUGUCCUAACCCUUGGAUCUAUAUCAAAGAGAUGGAUAGUGCCUGGCUGGAGACUUGGUUGGUUUGUGACAAGCGAUCCAAGUGGCAUGUUUAAAAAACCCAAGAUUGUGGAGCGUAUUAAGAAGUACUUUGAUAUUUUGGGAGGACCUGCAACUUUUAUUCAGGCGGCAGUUCCCCAUAUUAUUGAACAUACUGAUGAGAUUUUCUUCAAGAAAACUCUUAGUAUUCUGAAGCAGACCUCAGAUCUCUGCUGCGAAUUAAUUAAAGAUAUUCCUUGCAUUACUUGUCCACAUAAACCAGAGGGAUCAAUGGCUGUAAUGGUGAAACUAAAUCUUUCCUAUCUGGAAGAUAUCAGUGAUGAUAUUGACUUCUGUUUCAGACUGGCUAAAGAGGAAUCUGUCAUUGUUCUCCCAGGCACUGCAGUGGGGCUAAAAAAUUGGCUCCGCAUCACUUUUGCUGCUGAUCCAUCCUCACUCAAAGAAGCACUUGGAAGAAUAAAAUCAUUCUAUCAGCAGCAUGCUAAGCUGACACAAACAAAUUAGCAAUUGAAGUCCUUCAGCUAGGCUGCUUACAGAAACUGUAUAUUGGUUCUUGCUCUUGGCAGUUCUGUAGUAAAAAAUAAUGUUAAUAUGCAACAAUUUCAUUCACAUCCUCAUUAAUUUAUUAUCAUUACUAAACACUCACAAUCACAAUUCUUACAAAUUGGAUUGCUAGGAACAAUAUUUCGCUUGAAAUUUAUAUAUCAUCCACAGAGGUAAUCAUGACAAAAUAAUGAACUGCAUACUCCUCAUUUAUUUCUUAUGUACUGAAAUGAACUUCAAGCUGCAAUAAAUCUUCUUUACAUGC